GGCGUGAUGGUUUGCCCACGACACUGCCCACCCUGAGUUAUGUGCUAUCGCUAUCCGUGUGAUGCACAUGUGGACAUCAGCCUCUCCCGCGGAGAGGAAUUGGGUGGUCCACGAGCGCAUUCAGAUGGCAAAGCGGAGCAACCUUGGCUUCGCCAAGCUGGCACAGCUGGUUGAGAUCACGACAAAUCUCAAACUGGCUUCAUGCAGGCAGCAGGGUGGCGGCUAUGUACUUCCUUGGUUCAUGGAUGGUGUCGACACCGAGAGACGGCUGCCGGAUGAGGACGAGGACUACGGUGACCUCGAGCUCGACGUGUGGGGGGCCAGACCUGUUGGUACGUUCACAGACCGGGAGAUCAGGAGGCAGAUCAAUGUUUUUCGCAAGGACGGCACAAGCCGUCCUCGAGAGGUUUCUGCCGUAUUCGGGGAUCGGGCGGCCACUGUGCUCCCUUUCGACCAUGUGCCUCCUCCCCCGUCCCGGGGAGCAGGAGAGGGUUCCGUGGCAGCCGCUGAGGAUGGAGAGGACGAUUGGACGGACGCAGAGGAUGUGGCGAGGGGCACACACAGGACAGCGGAGCAGGUGUACUUCACGUACGGGGGCGGGUCGGACGGGCAUGCGUCGCGGACGUCCGUCAUCACGGACAAUGUCGCCGACGGGGCACAUGGUAGCGCCACUCGACACCCUCCAGCGGUUCGAGGUCGUGGCGCCGUUGCUCGAGACGUUCACCCCCGCGCGAGGAGAGUUCUAGGGGUGGAGUCGAGUGACGAGGACGAGGGCGUGGCACCUCACGCUGACCACCUGCGGGACUCUCGGUUCGAUCUGAGCCACCACUCCAGGGAGCAUUCAGAGCAUCUUUGUCGGUCACACAGGUUGGCAGAGCGUAGCGUUCCGGCGUCUCAGCAGCCUCAGGACAUACCGGUGGCGGAGGGGACACCGUCACACAGCGGCCCCGCACAGGCUGCGACAUCCUCUCUGCGCACGAGCGAUUUCGAUAUCGCGGGUUCGCAUGGGGGCUCACCUGUCUUACGAUGCAGAGUCCCUGACAGACCGGAUUACAGUACGGAUGUGAGGGAGAGGGAGGAGACUGUUGAGGAGAGGGAUGCUCGCCUGGAUCGCGAGGAGGAGGCACGGUUACAGUCUAUGCCUCGAUGGGAGGGCAGAGAGGCGUAUGAGGCCGAGCAGCGGAGGCAGAGGGAGUUAGAGAUGAUAGGAGCGGGUGCGCCAUCGAGCGUCGGACGUAUGCCGACUUCUGACACGAUGCAGCCCCCCUCUGGGCCCUCUCAUGUUAUGGGUGGUGGUGCUGACACAUGCGGAUUCCCCGCUGGAGGCGGGGGGGCAGGCAGAUUUGCCAUGCGAGGGUGGUCAUGUCGGGGGUGUCGAGACAAUCGGGACAGACACAGGAGCGGAGAGCUCCGACGACGGCGAGGAGUGUGCGGCCGCCGAGGCUAUCGUAGGCGACGUCGUGAUUGGCAUUGCGCGGCAGGCACAGAUGGAGGGACUCAUGGAGGGGAGGAGGGGAUAGUGGACGAGGGGAGUGUUCCUUUGCCUCAAGAGGAGUUGGCGGACGAGGGGAGUGUUCGUUUGCCUCAGGAGGAGUUGGUGGACGAGGGGAGUGUUCCUUUGCCUCAGGAGGAGUUGGUGGACGAGGGGAGUGUUCUUUUGUCUCAGGAGGAGUUGGACGAGGGCGAUUUGGCUUUGCCUGAGGAGGAGUUGGUGGACGAGGGCAGUGUCCCUUUGGAGGGCAGUGUGCCUUUUGAGGCUUUCGUUGAUGGCGCGACAGAGGAUGACGAGGAGGGAGUAGCGGUUGACGCAGGCCACAGUGCCCCGUUCGCACAAGAUGGCGUGACCGGAGGGCAUGUUGAGGAGGAGGGAGCAGCCAUCGACAUGUCCCUCGCGAUUAUUGUUAGGCCCCCAACCAUCAACCGCCCCAACCUAGCUCAUGAUAAGCCCACCAACCUAGGUGGCAUUUUAGGGGGGUGGUCGUCUUGUAGGCGAGUGACGGACAUUCUGAGGAGGGACUACGAUAGAGGACGGGGGUUGUUCGCACGAGGACCAUUGGGGGAGGGAGAUCCUGCCGCGGGUGCGAGUAAGGCUGGACGACCGAGUGUCCACACAGGAGGACGUAUACUCGGAUUGGAUAGAGUUGAGACGAGGAGGACAAAGAGGUUGGAGGUUUAUCUGGCUCGAUCCGCCAUUGACGACAGACGGCAGGGACUGUUGUACACAUCGGGCGAGGAGGACUUGCAUAUGCCACAGGGUUCGAGACAUCAUGGCUCGAUCAGGGAUCUUGAUGCGGAGGUUGCUGCUGACCAGCAGCGGUUGGCGGACCUCAUUCGCGAGCGUGAGAGGAGGUCGGAGACGGAGGCACAGGCUGAGGAGGCGGACACAAAGACUGAGCCAAUCGACACAGCUAUGCGGACGGAGAGGCAUCGGAGAGUAGCGUCUGCGGCAGGCUCACACCUUGCACAUGUAGGAAGACAGGGAGCACCACGCAGUAGGGGUCAGAGUGGGCAGAGAGGAGCAUUGGUAGGGAGAGGGAGUGCAGCACGUCAUAGCACUCAUACUAGGCGCGGCAGCAGGGGUUAGCGACUUGUGUAGCACGACAGAUCAGUUUUGUACUUUCAUGUUUUACACAGCAGGAGUUAGCGACUUUGUGUAGUAGGGCAGAUUAGUUUUGUACUUUCAUGUUUUUAUAUAUUAUCUUUAUUUUAUCUAUACAAUACUUUUAUGUUCUUAGUUGUUAGGUUUCAGAGUUGCUCUACGUUGUUAGUUUUGUUGUGCUAUGCUAUAUUUCCAUCAUGUUAGGUGUCAGGCUUGCUCAUGGUUGUAGUAUUUUUUUCCUACACUGCGACACUAGUUUUGGUUUUCUUGGCCAGGUUGUUAUGUUGACUUUGUUCACAUUUCGUCAUAGACACAUUACGUUUGCGAGUGCUAUGUUUGCAUCAUGUAUUGCCAGUAUUGGUGUUUCUGUGUGUGUUGUAUUGUCCUUAUGUCUAUCAAACCCUAUCCCCUCCCAGUUAAUGUCCCUCCCCAACCACCUUUCAGCCAAUGAGCCCUCUCUUUCUGCCCCCUCCCAAUGAAUGACAUCCACCAAC